AUUCCAAGUCUCUUACGCGAUGAAAAACGAUAAUUUGAGUCUAGUUCGACUCUCCAACGCUAUGACAAAUUCAACGACGGCCGAUAUCGUGCCUUGUUUUUCCCUCAUAUCGAAUAUUUGCGAUUAGCUGUUUCCUGUCGUUAAUUCCCUCGUAUACCUACAUAGGAUGGGUAAAAUAAACCAGCCUACGUCGCAGAUAACCAUUGAUUGACAGGUAUCUUCGUCUAUCUUCUUGUUCCCGGAUUGAAGCACCGCGUGCAGCGAAUUUUACCGCGCAAUUGGCAAUUUAGCACGCGCGCGCACUUCGCGCAAGCGCCGAGGAAUUUGAGAGCUUUCGAAGCGGUUGAAACACGUCCGCCCUUUUCCUCCCUGUCCUCGUUUCUCUAUCCUUCUAUCCAUCUUUGUACUCCUCUAUUACUCUCUCUAUUCUCUUCCUCUUCUCUCCUCUCGACCCGCUGCACCGGCUGUCGUUAUACGUACAUAUGCACUUCGAAGAGUUCGUCGCCGGCGCCGGCGUCGUUGUCGCAGUUUCUUGGCCGCCUUGUCGCACACAAAGAUACGUCGGGAAUCUCGACCAUUCCGUUUCGGAGGAUUUGCUCUGUGCCCUAUUUUCACAAAUUGGGAAUGUCAGGGGCUGCAAGGUCAUCAGAGAGAAACGCACGAGAUCGCAGACAAUCUUAGCGCAGGCGUCGGCGCGAUGCGCACGAGUAGCAAAAAGUGCGCGCGCGCAUCCACGCGGAUCAGAAUUAUAUGGGCAGAACGUUUCACGAAGGUGGUUCCAGAUCGUGACUACAUCGCAGAGCUAUUUGGCAAAUGGAACUAAACACAAAGAAGUUAACAAAUACGAUGAUUCUAGCGAAAGAUAAUUAUUUCUCUGCCUGGGAACGUGUGUAACAAAACUCGCUAGACGUUACGUGAACUGUUUCA